GAGUAAGCCCUGGGAGUUGGUGAUGGACAGGGAAUCCUGGCAUGCUGCAGUCCAUGGGCUCGCAAAAAGUCAGACACAACGGAGCAACUGAACUGAAGGGGACUUAUUACUGGACAUGGUGCAUUCUUCAGGUCAGGACUUUAAAGGCCCUGCAACGCUGCAGACCACUUUAUCAUUUUAUAUGUAUUGCUGAUCUCUCUGCUGUGUACACUCAAGUGUGCUGAUUUCCUUCUGUGUUCUUCAGAUUAGUGAACUUUGAUUGGUAUAAAUGGAUAUUGUCUAAGAUUUGUCUUGAUGUCAGUCUGAGUGUACUGCUAACAUUUAUCCACACAGUUGUCAUGCAGAGUAGUAUCAGAAGCAGGAGUGAUGCAGAGACUUGGACCAUGAUGUCUAAGUCCUUGGGGAGAAAGUGCCAAGAAUAAUGAAGGGGUGGAAGAUGAUCUGAGAAUGCCUUGUUAGUCUGCUGACUGGUAUUCUCUCAGCUGACUCUCUUCAGGGUCUCCCAGCUGAGAAAAUCUCAGAUAAUGGUCUGGAGGUCCUCUCUACACACAGCUUUUUCUCUGGGAGUGGCAUCAUAUUAUAGUGCCCUCUGUUCCUGCCCUGGAGUCCUAAACUAUCUGUUUAUAGUUUCCCUAAUACUCUGUCUUCAUUUAAAAAAUAAUCCUUUUUGAAACACUUCUGGAAUGACCUUAGUCUGCAUAUUAUUUUUGCCCGUGCCCUGACUUACCUUACUUACUUUGGUCUUUUACUGAAAAGAAUGGUUGAGAGCAAGUGUGUGAUCUUAGUAUUCUUUUUAGGUAUCUGCAGCCUGGGUUGCCACAAUAUCACAGCUCCAGUAUUGAUUUCUACAACAAACUGCAGGCUUAAUAUAAUGGAAAUACAUGUGGUUACUUGGUAGGCCAUGGUCAAUGUACAUUUUGGAAGCAGCCUUUAGUAAUGCUGUGGUUUUAGUUAUAGUAUGAUGGUUCUACUAUUUAUGUUAAGAAAUGAGAAUAGUUAUAACUGUGGGCUCAUAAUUCCUAUCGCUGAUACCUGAUGGAAUGAUGGCAGUGAUAAUGAUGAUAUUCAACAAAGUCAUUUGAGAAAUUGAAUUCUGGUCACCAGCUAAUGAGAUAUACAUGGAAGCACACUGUCCUGGGAAAUUUGUAAGGCACUGUUUUGGUUCACAGAGAGUGUCUGUAUGUUUUUUUGGUUAGCCUGAAUUAUUACUGACGUGUCAAUACAGUGGUCAGGCGCUCUGAAAAAAUCCAUCCUUUGAGCAGCUUUUACGAUACUUCAUUAUUGUUAUCAUUUAAACAUUCAGGUACUUAAGAAUUUCCGAUGUCGUGGCUCCCUAGAGAUGAGCUUGUAGCCCCUUCAUGUGAAGCAUACUCUAAGAAAACAAGGAACGAGGCACUAAGAGGCACUCCAUUUAAUUCUGAUCCAGGACCAUUGACUCUGAAUUUUUCCUGUUUUAUGAAUGUAAACUUCCCUCCAGGAUGAUUGUGAUAGUGCCAUAUGGUUAAAUUCUGAUAUUUCCCCCUUUUGUAUGUGUCCCUGAGUCGUUCCUCCUGAGUGAUUCUGUGUGACCCUUCUGGUGACCCACCUUUCCACUCUGGGUUUCCAUUCCACUUUCCACUCAGAGCCCUACCACCUUUGAAAUGGAGUCCAAAUCCUCCAUCUUGUUUGUGACUCAUCUCUUCCUUCUCUGCGUGACACUGGACACUACUCUAUUUGCAUUUUGGCAAAGAGCUUCUGAGUUUAGAUCGUAGAUGGAAUGUGACAAACCAAGUUGUCCUCUGAAGAGGACAGACUAACCUGAAAGAGCCAGAAGAAGGUUUGCUGUGUUGUGUCUACAACAGACCAAACUGGGCAGAGAUAAGAGACAGGUACAGAGAAGCAGCAGGUAGAGGUGAUUAACAGGAAUUUCAAAUCAGCAAGAGAAUGUUUCUCAAUGGAAAGAACAAAGAUCAGGUCUGCUGAACAGCAAACAUGUUGAGACUCAGCCAUAUGGGGUUUCUGGUUCUGACCGCCAUUCAGUUCAUCCUGGGAAUGCUGGGGAAUGGUUUCAUAGGGUGGGUCAAUGGCAGCAGCUGGUUCAAGAGCAAGAGGAUCUCUUUGCAUGACUUCGUUAUCACUAACCUGGCUGUCUCCAGGAUUGUUUUGCUGUGGAUUCUCUUGAUCGAUGGUGUUUUACUGGUGUUCUCUCCCAAACUACAUGAUGAAGGGAUAAUCAUGCAAAUUAUUGAUGUUUUCUGGACAUGUACAAACCAUCUGAGCAUUUGGCUUACCACCUGUCUCAAUGUCUUCUACUGCCUGAAAGUGGCCAGUUUCUCCCAUCCUAUGUUCCUCUGGCUCAAAUGGAGAGUUUCCAGGGUGGUUGUGUGGAUGCUGUUGAGUACUUUGCUGUUAUCAUGUUGCAGUGCCAUCUCUCUGAUCUGGGAAUUUAAGAUCUAUUCUGUUCUUGGUGGAACUGAUAGAACCGGGAAUAUGACUGAGCUCUUUAGAAAGAAAGAAAAAGAAUAUAAACUGAUCCAUGUUCUUGGGACUCUGUGGGACCUCCCUCCCCUAGUCAUAUCGCUAAUCUCCUACUUUCUGCUUAUCCUCUCCCUGGGGAGGCAUAUGCGGCAGAUGCAUCAAGACUGUGCCAGUUCCAGAGAUCUCAGUACCGAGGCCCACAGGAGGGCCAUCAGAGUCAUCCUCUCCUUCCUCUUUCUCUUCCUACUCUACUAUCUUUCCUUUUCUGUUUUAACAUCCAGUUAUUUCUUACCAGCAACUAAAAUGAUUGCAAAGAUUGGAGAAGUAAUUGCAAUGUUAUAUCUUGCUGGCCACUCCUAUGUUCUCAUUCUGGGAAAUAGCAAGCUGAAGCAGAUGUUUGUGGCGAUGCUCCGGUGUGAGCCUGGUUGUCUGAAGUCUGGAUCCAAGGGAUCUGUUUAUCCAUAGAGUAUUGUGGGGUGUGGGAGGGAGCCUAGGAGUCCUUAGACCCAGGAGUCCUCAGCCAGGAUCACAGGGCUCUUCCUCACCCUCCUGUGGCACCAAUUCUGUAACUACUGCUUCAUCCUGUCCCCCUCGGGGACACUUCUCAUGGCCUCUCCUUUUAUGGUUGCUUUGAAGAGGCUGAAAUAGUCUUUGGAAUAUGUAGACAAGGAGUUGUAUUUUAAUAAGUAUCAACUCAACAUAAUGAGCUGAUUACUAGCUUUUAAGUUCAAGUUUAUACUGACAGUGAUGUAGUGAACUAGAGGGGAGAGAGCAAAAAAAGCACUGUAAUCCUACAGGCUCGUGUUUGAAUUCUGCUUCAGUCCGUUUUCCAAGACUUUUUUUUGGCCUUAGGGGAGUUACUUUAAUUACCUGUUUGAUUCUGUCUUUCCCCAUUUUAAAAUGCAGACUGACUUCACAGGGUUUUAGAGAUUCAGAAGACAGUGUGUGCUGUCAUUUCAGCACAGCGUAUUGUGUCAGGAUUAUAUCAGAAUUAGAGGAGAAGGGGGAAGUUGGGUAGCAUCACUGACUCAAUGGACAUGAGUUUGAGAAAACUCAGGGAGAUAGUGAUGGACAGGGCAGCCUGGUGUGCUGCAGUCCAUGGGGUCACAAAGAGUCAGACACGACUGAGCGACUGGCCAGGAAAGAAAUCUGCAAGUGGUGAAGCUGUUACUGUAACAGCGAAGUGUGCUGCUGCAGCGGGCACCACAGGAGACCUGCUUCCACAAAUCCAUUAUGCACUGACAGCCAGACAAAUGCAAGUCAAGACCCUUGGAUACUAGGUUCCAAUCCAGUCUGCUGGUUAAGUCAUUUGACUCUAAUUUCAAUAGUCCUUUGCUUCCCUUUAUCAUUUUGCUAAAGCAAAUUUUCAAGUAAUUUUUAAUUUUUUUAGAUUGGUCAAAAUAUCCAAGAUGCAUAUCUGUUUUUAAAAUGUCAGAGUUUUAUGCAAAAUAGGUGGUUUUUCUAAAUGUAAUCACUUUUAUUUUAAUAAAAUUAUGUAGGCUUUGAUUUCCUUCCUGUCACUAAGCAGUGCUGACAAGUCAGUGAGAAUAUUAUUCCUUGAGAUCUCAAACUUGUAAACAUAUUUAGGACACAUGGCAACUCUAAAUCUGGAUUUCUGUCACUAAUGGAGCUCUCAGGUAUAAAGUUUUGUGGCUAAAAACGUAGACCAGAUGGCCUGAGCUCAAAUCCUGACUCAGACCUUAACAAACUGAGUGACCUUGGGGAUGUUUCUUAACCUCUCUCUAUUUCACUUU